CCGUUCCUGAAACGUGGAUGGUUCGGCGAUUCCUUUCUCCGCUUGUCGAUGCAAUGCACGACCCACCGCCCGACCCAUCGCCGACUCGAGCAGCCCAAAGAAGUUUGCCGCAGACAUCAACGACGCCAUUUACCCGCCAUGCCUUUCAUUUUCGGAUUCAACUUUACGGAGGCAUCGCUCGUAAAGGUACGCGCUUUUCACCCUCCGCAUCACCCCCGAGAACUACUCUGAACAAUUCGCAGCGCUCUCUCGAAACCAUCUAUGGCGUCGGCCCCAAAGUCUCGCAGUCAAUCAUGGCGCAAUUCCACAUCCACCCGUGGGCCAAGGUCGGCAGCUUGAAGAACACGACUCUUCUUGGCCUUACUGAAACACUUUCCAACAUGAAACUCGAAAACGACCUGCGGCGCGAGGUACAGGACAACAUCAGACGUAUGAAGGACAUGGGAUCAUAUAGGGGAAGGCGACACGCUAUGGGUCUUCCUGUGCGAGGUCAAAGAACAAGGACACAGACUUCCACGGCAAGAAAGUUGAACAAGAUCGAACGAGGAGGCUCCGGACGUGUACAGAUGUGAAUGCUAUAUUU